AAGAGGAAGAUGUUCGGCUGGGCGCGAACAAGUUCCCAGAGCGGCAGCCGAUCGGGACGGCGGCUCAAAGCCAGGACGAGGGGAAGGACUACACGGAGCCGCCGCCGGCGCCGCUGUUCGAGACCGGGGAGCUGGUCUCAUGGUCGUUCUACCGCGCCGGCAUCGCCGAGUUCGUGGCCACCUUCCUCUUCCUCUACAUCACCAUCCUCACCGUCGUGGGCGUCAGCAAGUCCCCCUCCAAGUGCUCCACCGUCGGUAUCCAGGGCAUCGCCUGGGCCUUCGGCGGCAUGAUUUUCGCCCUCGUAUAUUGCACCGCCGGCAUCUCAGGCGGGCAUAUAAACCCGGCGGUGACGUUCGGGCUGCUGCUCGCACGGAAGCUGUCGGUGACGCGGGCGGUGUUCUACAUGGUGAUGCAGUGCCUGGGCGCCAUCUGCGGCGCCGGCAUCGUCAAAGGCUUUCAGACGGGCCUCUACCAGAGCGCCGGCGGCGGCGCCAACGCUGUCGCCCCUGGCUACACCAAGGGCGACGGCCUCGGCGCCGAGAUCGUCGGCACCUUCAUCCUCGUCUACACCGUCUUCUCCGCCACCGACGCCAAGCGCAGCGCCAGAGACUCCCACGUCCCUAUUCUUGCUCCUUUGCCCAUUGGGUUUGCUGUCUUCCUAGUUCACUUGGCCACCAUCCCCAUCACUGGCACUGGCAUCAACCCUGCUAGAAGCCUUGGAGCAGCCAUCAUCUACAACAGGGACCAUGCUUGGGAUGACCAUUGGAUUUUCUGGGUGGGGCCCUUCAUUGGAGCUGCUCUUGCUGCCAUGUACCACCAGGUGGUCAUCAGAGCCAUCCCCUUCAAAAGCAGGUCCUGAUCAGAAAUAAAAACUCAGAAGCCCCCCUCUCUCUCUCUCUCUCUCUGGCUUGUUAUCUUCUUCCAUUUCCUCUGGUGUGGUUGUGGUGGUCCUAUGGCUUCUGCCCUUUGUGGUUGUAAUAUGAAUAUCCAUCAAGUGUGUAAAUUAAGCACUGCUUUUUCUCUAAAAAGUUUCCAGGUGCUGCUGCUUCAGUGUUAUGUCCCUUCUUUC